AUGGAUGAUAAAAAGAAAGAUAAGGACAAGCCAGAUGAAAGAGUCACACGGCCUAGUGGGAGGUCAGGCCAUAAUCCACGUGGAAGUGUUUCUUUAAAUUCUGGAGUGUUAAUGGUUGGACCUAACUUUAGAGUUGGCAAAAAAAUAGGAUGUGGUAAUUUUGGAGAACUACGAUUAGGAAAAAAUUUAUACACAAAUGAAUAUGUGGCCAUUAAACUGGAGCCAAUGAAGUCGAGAGCACCACAGCUACAUUUGGAAUACAGAUUCUACAAGCAGCUAGGAUCUGGAGAUGGAAUACCUCAGGUUUACUAUUUUGGCCCAUGUGGCAAAUAUAAUGCUAUGGUGCUAGAACUACUUGGACCUAGUUUGGAAGAUUUAUUUGACUUGUGUGGUAGGACAUUUUCUCUUAAAACCGUUCUUAUGAUAGCCAUACAGUUGAUUUCUCGUAUGGAAUAUGUCCAUUCAAAGAACUUGAUAUACAGAGAUGUAAAACCUGAGAACUUCUUAAUAGGACGACCUGGAAACAAAACUCAGCAAAUUAUUCAUAUUAUAGAUUUUGGUUUGGCAAAGGAGUAUAUAGAUCCAGAAACAAAGAAGCACAUACCAUAUCGAGAACACAAGAGCCUUACAGGAACAGCUAGAUACAUGAGUAUAAAUACACAUUUAGGAAAAGAGCAAAGUAGAAGAGAUGAUUUGGAAGCAUUAGGUCAUAUGUUUAUGUAUUUUCUCAGAGGAAGCCUUCCAUGGCAAGGUUUGAAGGCUGAUACAUUAAAAGAACGUUACCAGAAAAUUGGAGACACAAAACGAGCAACCCCUAUAGAAGUAUUGUGUGAAAACUUCCCAGAGGAAAUGGCUACAUAUCUACGUUAUGUAAGAAGGCUAGAUUUUUUUGAAAAGCCGGACUAUGACUAUUUAAGAAAGCUCUUCACAGACGUACUUGAUCGGAAAGGCUAUAUGUUUGAUUAUGAAUAUGACUGGAUUGGCAAACAGUUGCCUACUCCAGUGGGUUCAAUACUUUUGGACCCUGCACUGUCUUCAAACAGAGAAGCAUAUCAGCACAGAGAUAAAAUGCAACAAUCCAAAAAUCAGUCAACAGACCAUAAGGCAGCUUGGGACUCACAGCAAGCCAAUCCACAUCAUUUGAGGGCUCACCUAGCAGCUGACAGACAUGGUGGCUCAGUACAGGUAUUUUCUGCUUCUUUGCAUGACUUAAAUCACGCUCUUUGCAGUAAUGUUCACAAUGUUCGUAUUAUUCCCUACUUCACAAUUGCCAAACUGAAAUUAACAGGUGCAGAAAACCGUGGAUUUUUU